AAAGUAUUUAUUUUCGUUAGAUAUUUGAGUUAUUUUACAAUGUGUAUUGGCCUACUAUUAAACCAGGUCGCCGAUGAAUUAGCAUCAAUUAACUGUCGAAGAUUAAAAGACCGAGAGACUAAAUUGUCGCGAAACACGAGAAACCUAACGGUUUAAUGGUAGGUGUUAAUUUACAUGGAGAAACUUUGUUUGAGAUAAGAUGAAAACGUUCAUGGUCAUCAUCGUCGUUGCCAGUGUCAAAAGACAUUUAGUAUACUGUGCAUUACCGAUAUUAUAUAUUGCUAAACACCUUUUUUUGAUAUUAAAAUAAAAUGACCAGUGCAUUUAAUAUUUGUUUAUUAUUAUCAUUCAUUAUUGUGGUAACAAAGGCUUCAAAAUGCCCGCAGAAAAGAAAACCACAUGAUAAUAGUUGUAUUAAAUUUUAUGACUGUGUCAAUUUACCUAAUGGUGGAUAUGUCUGGGCACCUUCUAGAUGUACUGAUGGCCUUGUAUUUCAACCUCAUCUACUUCUUUGCGUACAACCAGGUGAGAACUGGAGUUGCGAUGACCGUGAAUCAGGCAACGGAACUUCAAAUGACAACAUUUCACUAAGUUCUGAAUUUAGCAACAGGAUUGAAUCUAGUAGCGAUUUCAAUUAUCAAUUUUCUUCAUCGAGUACGUCCAAUAAAUUAAGUAAUCUUCAAGUUAUCAUUCCAUACCCAUUUAAUCAAACCAACGAAACUGGGACCAAAAAAGAAACUUUACAAAUUCUUAUACCGAUGAAAGGUCAAAAUAAUUUUCAUGACAAAUCAAGCGAUAGCAAAGGAUAUUGGGAUAAAAUAAUUUUUUACCAGCACCUUGGACCUUCGGUCAAACAAUAUUUAUUCCUACCCCGGAAUUCUGGGUCGGAUAAAAAUGGAUAUACUUAUCAUGAUAUAUUUGAUUACUUGGUGAAAAAUUUUACUCUGGAUCAUAAAUUGGAAGAUAUUAAAAAUAAUGAUACAGAAAUUGAUGAUGAUAUUACGGAAAUUGAUACGUUGCAAUCAAAUUUUAAUAUUGAUGAAAUUGAUAAAUUGUCUAAUGUGUUGCUUGUAAAAAGUAAUUUAGGAAAAAAAGAAUACAUAACUGUUGAUAAAUAUAAAAAAUUACUCGCUAGUAAUUUGAAAAUUGAAAUAAUUAGAAUUAUUCCUUGCCGGCGAGGAUUCAGAUUGCCUAAUGCUACUGAUUGCACCAAGUAUUAUACCUGCGAACUGACAAAUGCACAAGUUCACGAAUUUACUUGCCCGCCUUACACGGCUUUUAAUAACCAAAUCAACGUUUGUGACCCGCAGACAUUCAAACGGUGUCUAAAAAGUCGUUAUCAUAGUCUUAGUUCCAGUGAUAUUAAAAAGGAGAUUACAGUUAGUUCUGAAGAAGAUGAUAAUGAUGAAGAUUAUGACGAAGAUGAUGAUAAUGAUGCUGACAGUGAAGAUGAAGUUGCUGACAAACCGUGUGAGUCAGCUGGAAAAUUUCCGGAUCGGAAGUCGGAAAAGUAUUACUAUCUUUGUUAUACCUCCGAAGUCACGGGAAAAAUUGAAUCUAUUAGAAUGACAUGCCCUAAUGAUUUGAUCUUUUGUGGAGACAGAAAAGUUUGUACUACAAAACGUUUUUGUAAUUAUUGAUCAUUGAAAUUUUAGUUAUGUAUGUAAUAUAUUUAUUUUUUAUAAGGUUAUGG